GUAACGUUGUUUGCUUGAAAGUCUCAACAAAUGUUUGUCGCCAGAGAUGACGCUGCUGCUUAAAAUGUGUCAUUGGUUCUAAAGUAAAUCCGGAGACUGUGAAUAGUUAGCGUGAGGAGGAAGACAGAUAGAGAGAAAUACGUAGUUCACUUGUCUUAUCUCCCUCCUCCAGGUACCCCUGAUGCUGUUGCAGCGCUAAAACUCGAGCUAGCUAAGGUGUCUAAGAAAAGAUGCCACCUGAACGACAUCGCCGUGAAUUCUACACUUAUUUUGGUGUGGAGCUGGUGAUCAUGGCGGGGACGGUCAUGCUGGCCUACUACUUCGAGUACACGGACACGUUCAACGUGCACGUGCAGGGAUUUUUCUGCUACGACAGCGCGUACACUAAGCCCUACCUCGGCCCCGAGGAGACCAGUGCCAUCCCACCCGCCGUGCUCUACGCAGUGGUCGCAGGGGUCCCAACACUGGUGAUAACAGUGACAGAAGCAGUGCUGUUCCUGAUGCAGUACACAUCAAAAGAUCUUGACACUAGAAAAAAGACCAUUGUGACCGGAGACUGCUGUUACCUCAAUCCUCUGGUGCGCAGGACUUUCCGCUUUUUGGGUGUGUACAUGUUCGGUCUCUUCACCACAGACAUCUUUGUGAAUGCGGGUCAGGUGGUAACAGGGAACCUUGCUCCUCACUUCCUGACGGUAUGUAAGCCUAACUACACAGCGCUGGGCUGCCAGCAGGCCCUGCGCUACAUCAGCCAUCAGGAGGCCUGCACUGGGAACGAGGAGGACAUCCUGCGCGCCCGCAAAACCUUCCCCUCCAAAGAAGCAGCCCUCAGCGUCUACGCUGCGCUCUAUCUGGCCAUGUACAUCACGUGCACUGUGAAAGCCAAAGGAACCAGGCUGGCCAAGCCGGUCAUGUCGCUCGGCCUGAUGUGCCUGGCCUUCCUCACGGGCAUCAACAGGGUGGCGGAGUACCGCAACCACUGGUCGGAUGUAAUCGCCGGCUUUAUCAUUGGAGUGGCCAUAGCCACCUUUCUGGUUGUGUGCGUGGUCCAUAACUUCAAAGGCAAGCUUCUGUUGAGUGAAGACCCCCAGCAGGAGAGCAUGAGCAGUGCGCCUAUGAUGAGCAUGCCUAGAGUGGAAAGCCCCCUGGAGAAAUACAUCGCAUCUCAGAUGGCCGAGCUGAGAGAGGAAGAGGAAAACGUGGCGCCCCGCUCUCUGAAAGCACGCCUCCUGGGUUUCUUUGACUGGAUCGCAGGCAAAAGCAGCCGCUUCCGCCACCUGCAGAGCACAAGGCAAUAAACAAUCACAUCGCCUUCGAUGAAGUCACAUGACCUUGAGUCGGCAGUGUGGCAGACACAUUGGACAUCCACGCUCUUUACUGUCCAGUCAUCAUAGUCAAGGUGCAAUGCUAACCGCAUCAGUCAUAUCCUCUAUGAUGUUGUUUUGGAUCACUCUCCCCUUAUGUAUGUGUGUAUAAAAAAUGUUGGUCAUAUCUUGGAAUAACGGUGUGCUGCUGCUUGCACAAGCGCCAACCCCCCUCUCCAGUUUCUGUUUUGUUCUUGGCCCCUCACAACUGGAGCUCAAGUCAACUGAAGAUUCACUGUGUGUUACUGGAGAGACUGUGUCUGUGUAAGAAACCUAUUUUAUGGUGGCAGAUGGAAUUUACCAUGUUUCAGAUUCAAAGUGAACUGAACCUGUUGCUGUAGAUAAGUCUAUUUUCUUGCUUUGUUUUCCCACUGUAUCAUAUAUAUGAUAAUAUGUUUGUGGCAUAAUUUUUAAUGCUUUCAUUUAAAGAAAAUCAAACUGGAUUUGCCCAUGAGUAAAUGUAAGUCAUCAAAACAUUUCAUUUGUUUUUAGAAGUGCACUUCAAUUAAUAUUUAUGAGCAAUCCCAAGUUGACAGUCAUUAAAGAAACUUCUAGUAUAAAUGGUAUAGUUUUUCUAUAACUAUAAUAUUAGUUGUAUUGGUGAUAUUCUGUAUGAACCACUGCUCAAGCUGAGGCACCGUAACUGACCACAGUGAAGCUUUAAGGCACCCAAAAUGAGCAUAGCCUUCCCUGCUGUGCAUCGUCCUCCCUCUCAGUCCGUGAAGAAUGGAUCAGCCGAGCAGACAAUCACUAGCACUCUCUCAGAGGCAUUCUGGGUAAUUCUCCUAAAUAGAAGUCUAACUAAUGUUCAAUUUGGAACAAUGAUUUAAUCAUUCAUAGCAGCGAUAUGUCACUUGAACCAGUCAGUUGGGCAAAGACGACUGUGCUGAAAACGAAUUCAAAUUCUCUCAGGCCCAGAGAUUGCCAGGUUAUUUUUAGACUGUCUUUUACUGUUCAUUCUCAUUUUCUAUUGAUUUCAAAUGCAUGUUAAUCUAAUGGCCAACAUGUUAAUCGGCGUGUUGUAUUCAGAUAUGUCUGUAAAGCCAGGAGCGAUGGCAGAAAGGACCCCCUUCAUCUGUAACAUCAAAAAUCAAACCGAGAUACCUCAGAUGCAAUGAAAAUAAUGAAAGAACUUAAUCACAUGAAUCUAAUCCUGAGAACAGAAUUAGCACAUUCGUUUGCAAUAGAGUAUUCUACGUGUCUGUUGGCCCCAAUGUAGAGCCCUUUGGAAGAUUAGCAGUUCUAAGGUGCUAAUAUAUACACCUUCUCUUCUUAAAAAGAAUGAUUUGCCAUGUGUAUUUGCAAUUUCCUGCAGAUGUGACCAAUUCGUAGAAGAGCAAUAACGUCUGAAGCUUUCUCUUUCAUGAGGAUCAAUGACAAAGAACCCAUUGACAUGGACCCAUUUGGCUGUGUCCCAUGAUAUGGUAUAUUUUUAUAAUUCUUGCUGAUGCACUUCACACAAAGUUCAGUAUAAUCGACACUAGAAUUCUAGCACUUUAAAAGACGAAAAAAAGUCAGCUGAAGAGAGAAAUAACAUCCAUUAAAACUGCUGCUUUAAUAAAUACAUAUAGUGAUAAUCAGGAUUCAUUAGUAAUCUGAUAAAUGUGGAUAAAAAGUAUUACAGUGCUUGUAACAGUAUUAUACAAAAGUAAUGAGAUGUGUACAAAGAGUGAACAUGCACAUACAGUAUAGUUUGUCAGGUUUUCUUGCUGUUUAUUUUCUUAUGUUUGUGCAGUGUGUGUGUGUGUGUGUGUGUGUGUGCGUGCGUGCGUAUGUGUUUGUAAAAAAACAGAGUAAGUACAUCAUGUACAAUGUGUACUUCAUCAUUAAGCUACUUUAAAUUUCAAAAAGGAAGAAAAUUGCUUGUGUUAUAACUCAUUGGAUUGCUGUUCAAACCCGGAUGGCUGGAUUCCUUUUCUCAUUUGGAAAUACUGAUUUGUUUAUAGUGUCUAUAUUUUGCAUAUUUGUUUGUGUUCGCAACUUCUAUUUCCUAUUUGUUUUAUAGUUUGUACAGAAUUUUUGGUUGUAAAAGGUUCAUUUUUACAACCUACUGAACUUUUUUAAUUGCUGAUUUCUAUCUACGUUGUUCACCUGUGACAUUUCCACCUGCGUAGCUAUUGGUUUUGUAUGGAUGUUGUAGGUCGGUCCUAUAAGUUUCACAUGAUUCCAGCUCACUGCGUCCUUUAAAGACUUUCAUCAAAUUAUGACCUUUUACACUGUAGAGGAAAUAAAAUUUAAAGGCUUUGAAUAAAAAAAAUAAUACUCUGACUUUGUUUCCU